CGUACAGACUUGGGGAGUGGUCAAACCCGAGGAGCAUCCGGGAAAGACGGAGGACCGCGCGCAUCAUGAUCCGAAACCUCAUCGCAUGAAAGCGCUCACAUCCCCAUCUCCAGCUCUCAUCCACAGAAAGGCAUCAUGAUUCCCGUGAUGGAAUUCCGUCAGUUCUCUGAACAGCAGCCGGCGUUCAGAGUCCUGAAGCCGUGGUGGGAUGUGUUUACCGACUAUCUGUCUGUGAUCAUGCUCAUGAUUGGAGUGUUUGGAUGCACUCUUCAGGUCAUGCAAGAUAAAAUCAUCUGCCUUCCUCAGAGAAUAUCAUCGCCUCCAGAGAACACAAGUGAAGUGGAUGUGAAGUCAUUGUUACUACUGCAAUCCAACAUUUCAGCCGUACCAAGAGAAAUGACAGGCCUAAAAACUGAUCUGGACCUCCAACAGUACAGCUUCAUCAACCAGAUGUGCUAUGAGAAGGCCCUGCAUUGGUAUGCCAAAUACUUUCCUUAUUUAGUUCUGAUUCACACUUUGGUUUUCAUGGUGUGUAGCAACUUCUGGUUCAAAUUCCCUGGCUCGAGCUCUAAAAUAGAGCGUUUCAUCUCCAUGCUUGGCAAGUGCUUCGACUCUCCCUGGACCACACGAGCUUUGUCUGAGGUGUCUGGAGAGAAUCCCGAAGAAAACGACCAUAAAAAGAGCCCAACGACAAGGUCCAACAUUGCCGUGUCUCCUGGAGAAGGAAGUCUGGAGAAGACACAGUCCCUCAGGUCUAUUCCUGAGAAGGUUGUCGUUGAGAAGCCAUCAGCAAGUGUUCUUGAUAAAAAGGAGGGUGAACAAGCCAAAGCCCUUUUUGAAAAGGUAAAGAAGUUCCGUCUACACGUUGAAGAAGGAGACAUCCUCUAUCUAAUGUAUGUUCGGCAGACAGUAUUCAAAGUGAUUAAAUUCCUCCUGAUCAUUGCCUAUAACAGUUCUCUGGUGAAUAAAGUAAGAAAUAGAGUUCGCUGUGAAGUCGAGAUCCAGGACAUGACGGGCUACAAAGACUUUGAAUGUAAUCACACCAUGGCUCACCUGUUUUCUAAGCUUUCUUACUGUUACUUGUGUUUAGUGGCUGUGUAUGGACUAACCAGCCUCUACACCUCUUACUGGCUGUUUUACCGCUCGCUGAAAGAAUACUCCUUUGAGUAUGUGCGGCAGGAAACAGGGAUUAAUGACAUCCCAGACGUCAAGAAUGACUUUGCUUUCAUGCUGCACAUGAUUGAUCAGUACGACCCAUUGUAUUCAAAGCGAUUUGCGGUUUUUCUUUCCGAGGUCAGUGAGAACAAACUGAAACAGCUCAACCUGAAUCAUGACUGGACUGCAGAGAAGUUACGUCAGAGACUCCAGACGAACACCAACAACCGGCUUGAACUCCAGCUGUUCAUGCUCCCUGGGUUGCCUGACACCGUCUUUGAGUUGACAGAGCUUCAGUCACUGAAGCUAGAGAUCAUCAACAAUGUCACAAUCCCCGCCUCAGUCUCUCAGCUGAAAGACCUCCAGGAGCUGUCUCUGUACCAGUGCUCUUUAAAGCUGCACACAUCGGCUACCUCCUUCCUCAAAGAGAACCUGAAAGUGCUGCGGGUGAAGUUCGAUGACAACAGGGAACUGCCGAACUGGAUGUAUGGCAUGCGCAACUUAGAGGAGCUUUAUCUCACUGGAUCGCUAAGCCCUGAUGCCUCCAAGAAUAUAGUUCUGGAGUCACUGCGGGAGUUGAAGUGUUUGAAAACUCUCUCCGUUAAAAGCAAUUUGACCAAGAUACCCCAGUCCAUUGUGGAUGUUUCCAGCCAUCUGCAGCGGCUGUACUUACACAACGAUGGCACUAAGUUAGUAAUGCUCAACAACCUGAAAAAGAUGUCCUAUCUGAUUGAGCUGGAGCUGGUGCGUUGUGAUCUGGAGCGCAUCCCACACGCAAUCUUCAGCCUCACAAAUCUGCAAGAGCUUGACCUGAAAGAAAACCACCUACGCUCAAUAGAGGAGAUCAUCAGCUUCCAACAUCUGCGGAAACUGACCUGCCUCAAACUUUGGUACAAUUGUAUCACGUACAUCCCAGAGCAUAUCAAGAAGCUGGGGAGCCUAGAGCGUCUCUACUUCAGCCACAACAAGAUCGAGAUAUUGCCUUCACACUUGUUCUUGUGCAACAAGCUGCGCUACCUGGACCUGUCCAACAACGACAUCCAAUUCAUUCCCCCAGAAAUCGGAGUCCUUCAGAGUCUCCAGUAUUUCUCUGUCACCUGUAACAAGCUAGAGAAUCUACCAGAUGAGCUCUUCUUUUGCAAAAAGCUGAAAACACUUAAGCUUGGUAAAAACUCACUGUCCAUAAUCUCGCCUAAAAUUUCCUACCUAGCUCUACUGACAUACUUGGAUCUCAAAGGCAACCACUUUGAGGUUCUGCCACAAGAGCUGGGUUGCUGUCGUGCUUUGAAACAUAGUGGCCUUGUAGUGGAAGAGACACUGUUUGAAACUCUGCCUUCAGAUGUCAGGGACCAAAUGACGGCUGAGUGAGUUGCCUUUGAGUAGCUGCAGUGCCUGCUGCUUGUUCUGUCAGAGCAUUUUUUGUGUUAAGGCAUUACCAUAAUUAAGUAUUAGACUACUGUUGACAAAGUUAAGUUUUAUUUUUCUAGAUUCUUCAUUGCAGGGAAUAAUUAUAUAUUCUUCUUUUUUACAAAGAUUUUGUCUUAUUGUGUUACAGAGUUAAUUUACAUGAAAUAUUAUCCUACCACAAAUCAUCCUUUUUUUUGAUACUUUCUUUUUAUUGAUAUUUUCAGAGUAAAACAAGACAAAAGAAAGAAGGGAAUAAAAAAAGGAAAGAAAAGAAAAAAGAUAACCUGGGCCAUACAUUAGUGAAAAUACACAAAUCAGGGUUUUUCAUUUAAGAUGAGUUACAUUCCGUACAGUACAUAUUCCAUUUCUUCCAGACUUUUAUAAAUUGGUCAAACUUUAGCCUUAAUGAGAAGGUCAGUCUCUCCAUGCAGUGUAUUUCGUUGAUUAUUGCUAACCACUAAACAUUUAGACUGUAAUUGAAUGUUCCAGUCACCUGCACAGACUACAGUCCCUGAUGACUCUUGUAUUAAUAGAUUAAAUAUCCUUUUGAUGAACGAUCUAUCGUGCCCUGGGGGCAUAUAAACAUUUAGUAAUGUAACUUCUUUAUGGUCUAUCCUGCCUCUAAUUAGUAUAAAACGACCUUCCUUGUCUUUAAUUUCAGCUGUUAGUUGGAAGUUUAUCCUAUUUGAAAUUAGUAUAGCCACACCCCUCUUACGGCCUGAUUUGUGGGAGGAAUAAAAUGUGUUCAAAAAUCCCAUCUUUUUUGAUUUCUCAUGCUCUGCAUUUGAGAGAUGUGUCUCUUGCCAGAAAAUCACGUCUGUACAUUCCCUUUUCAUUUUAGCAAUAAUUUUGCUUCUUUUUCACUGGGUUAUGUAACCCAUUCACAUUGAGUGUUAUUACCUUAUAUUCCUGAUAGUGCAUUUAUAUUGUUUAACACUGUUCUGUAACCAAAAACAUUCUACCCUUGAACUUAGGUAGGAACAAAUACAAAAACAUGAACAAUACCAAACACAGUAAGGACAAAACAAACUCACUUCCAAAAAAGGAGAACAGGUAUGCUCCUUGAAUCUGAGGGGAAAUCCUAAUUGAAGGUAAGGGCCCCUCUCGGGAGCAAGAAGAAAGAUUGCUCCCAGAACUGCACAAAAUAGCACACCUUUCUCCUUCAAUACUCUUCAUAUACCAGCAUACUCCCUUCUUUUCCUCAUUGUUUCUGUCGGAUAGUCGUGGUCGAAGUAAACUCGCCUCUCCUUGUAGAAAACCUCCUUCUUUUUCCACGUGGCUGAGAGGACCUGGUCUUUAGUUUUAUUCUCCAAAAAGUUUAACACAAAAGACCGCGGCGGCGCAUCUCGGGCGGUCGCGGACCUAGAGCUCUAUGACAGCACCGUAUUUUCAGUUCAACCUCACCCAGAGUCAGUUCUGAAUUCAGAAAUUUAGACACAAAUUCCACCGUGUUGUUUUCUUCCUCGCCUUCAGGGAUGCCGUAAAUACGCAUGUUAUUCCUUCGCGAUCGUAAUUCCAAGUCGGUAACUUUUGUUUGCAUGGACUCUUGCACCUGUUUCAUUUGCAGGAGCGCCUCUUCCAGUGCCAGGUUACACUCCUCUACAUCCGUGACACGCUGCUCCGCAUCCUCAACUCGAGUUGUUGUGGUUUUUAGGUCCCCCCUGAUAUCUCCCAGGGCCUGGUUAAUCUGGUCUCUAAACUCUGUCAACUCAUUCUUCACAUCCUCUCUUAAUGUGUGACGAAAAGCACUCAGCUCCUUCUUUACAUCGGCACGUAUUGCCUUAAUUUCAGCAAGUAUAUUAGCCAACAAGCUAGCUUAGGUAUGCUCGAGUCCACCUGUGCUAGGCGAGUUAGCAUUAGUUUCGUCGUCAUACCCUAUGGCUGUUUUCUCGUUUUUCUCUGAUCUUGUAUUCGGUUUAUCUUGUUUGUCCCCUUCCAUAUUUCGUGGGGUGUAUAAACUUGUUAAAAAACUUGAAUCCGGGGGAAUAUUCCUAGUUGGUGGGAGAGCGAUCUGUCAGCCUGCCAUUCUCUGCAGCGUGCCAACCGGAAGUCACCACAAAUCAUCCUUAAGGGAAACAUGCAGCAUUGUGGUGACCCACGCCUUUGAUUUCUUGCAGAGAGUUAUAUUGUAAAAUGUACAAAAUAUCUGGUAUGUGAAUGUAAGACAUGAAACUACGGACAGUAGUGCUAAGCUUAGCUUAGCAUAAAUGCAAAAGCAGGAGCAAGAAAAUAGCAAUGUUCUUUGAGCACCUCUUCCGCUUACUGGGAAAAAAAAACACGUUAUAGAUAUUUUCUAACCUCCAAAAACACAACAAAACCAAAAUGUAAAAAAGUACAUUGAAGCAGAAGCUACAUGCUGGACUUUUUGUUUGUCUUCAGGCCAUUGUUGAAUCCUUUAUGACAGAACCUGACAAAGUGGGGCAUCCCUUUCCUUAUCUUAUGCUAAGCUAAUUGUCUGGCUUUAGCUUACAUAUUUUACAUACAAACAAGAAUGAUAUCAUGGGUCUCAGCCAACUCUCAAACAGAGAAAAAAGUAAUCCCAUAGAACAACAUUUUGAACUUCAUUUAUGGUUCAAACGUAUUUCAUAUCAUGCUGCAUAGAAUAAUUUGAUGACUGAAUGUAAAUCUAAAAAGAAGACCUCAAACAGGUCUAAGCUUACAGCCAGAUUGUUAGACUUUUUAUAUUUUAUGUUGCCCUUAUAAAGCUUCUAUUUUCCUAAAGACAGUGUAAGGUUACUGCAGUAGAGUAAGUGCAAUAUAAAACAAAUAUAUUAUUUUUAGGUAAAUGAAGUACCUUGGCUAAAUCUACUGCACUGUAGGAAUUGGAAACUGAAUUAAACUUAAGGGACGAUGUCAUAAUGGUGUUUUUCUUAUUGCUAUCAAAAUGUGCCCAAGAAGUAGUAUUCAGCCAACUACUAAAUAAUAUAUGUAACAAAAAUGUUUUAUAUUAUUGACCAAUAAACAUUGAUUUAUUUGAA